ACUGCUGUCAUCCUCGCAAUGUUUUUUUUUUUUUCUCUCGCAAAGCCUUCAAAAGACUGAUGAUUUUGCCAUCCGCCAUGUUUUUUCCUUGAUUCGUGUUUCGUGUCCAGUUGUCGUCGGGAGUUUCCUCCGCAGAAAUCCAAUUACUUUGGCCAGGAUUGUUGUGCUCCGUUCCGUGAGGGGAUUACCAUACUGUUAGUGGAUUACGCGAGUGAAUCGAAAACUCGAAAUAGCGAGGCCAUCAAGGAAGAAAACCAAAAAGUGGUCAGUCCGUUUCUUGAAGAGGGGAGAGUCCCACAUAAACAACACGAAGUGCAGUGUGAAGUGAAGUGAAGAGUGAAGAAAGGAAAAGAAAGGUGAUUGAUUACCUAUGAUGAAUCGGAGUGAAGGCCUUGUCCGACGUGUAAAAGCUCGCGACACAGAAUCAAACAGUGGUGGCGCAGGUUCCGCCUCCAGCAACUAUGACCAGGAGAACAAAAACGAAGUCGAGGACGAGAUGGAGGAUUGCGACUCGAAGGAAACACGGCUCACCCUAAUGGAGGAAGUGCUGCUUCUGGGGCUUAAAGAUAAGGAGGGAUACACAUCUUUUUGGAAUGACUGUAUAUCGAGCGGGCUACGGGGUUGCAUUCUAAUAGAGUUAGGAUUGAGAGGACGCAUAGAACUGGAACGGGCAGGCAUGCGACGAAAGGGAUUAUGCACCAGAAAAAUCAUCCUCAAAUCGGACACGCCCACCGGUGACGUACUGCUGGAUGAAGCACUAAAGCACGUCAAAGACACCGAUCCACCGGAAACCAUACAAAAUUGGAUCGAAUACCUGAGUGGGGAAACCUGGAACCCACUGAAGUUGCGGUAUCAGUUGAAGAAUGUGCGCGAAAGGCUUGCCAAGAACCUGGUAGAAAAGGGUGUGCUAACGACGGAAAAGCAGAACUUCCUCUUAUUCGACAUGACGACGCAUCCGCUGAACGAUAAUGUUAUCAAGUGUCGACUAGUGAAAAAAAUUCAGGAUGCUGUGCUAACCAAAUGGGUCAACGACCCACAGCGCAUCGACAAGCGAAUGCUAGCGCUUAUCCUACUAGCCCACGCGAGUGACGUGCUGGAGAAUGCCUUUGCUCCGCUGAACGACGACGAUUACGAGCUUGCAAUGCGACGCGUGAGAGAAUUGUUGGACCUAGACUUUGAAGCCGAGGCAGCUAAAGCAAAUGCCAACGAAGUUAUCUGGGCGGUCUUUGCCGCGUUCACAAAAUAAGCUAGACUUGCACACGGGAACCGCGUCGUGGUAGAAUUUUUAGCGGAAUCAACCCUUACUAGCCUAGCUGUACGACGACGAUUUUGGAAGGGACGAUAGUUUCGGUUUCGAGCAUCGAAGUCCACACGCUAAAAUAAUGAGAAACUGAUGGCGUCGAGCUUGCUUUUCUAUAGAUUCCGUUCAUAUUCCUGAUCCCUUCUAAAUCCUACGAUACCUUUUACAGCAAAUAAUGCUAUAAUAGUAAGACAUUCACGAAGGAAACAAAAUAAUAGUAAUAGUAAAUACACUAGUGGACUAUAUUUUUAUUUUAUUUUACAUAUUUAUAGCAGAUAAAUCCAAUAAUCAAAACGAAAAAAAAGAAUCACUACUGAAAAGAAAACCGUUUUACUAGAAGAACAGAAAUCGGGUCGCUGAAAGCCCAAAACCCCAAAGUUACUAGAGCAGGUCUGAAAAGUGAUCAAGAUGUAUGAUUUAUUGCAAAGCCCUAGAAUCGAGAUUACAAGUUUCAAUCAUUUUGUGAUUCAAAGUUUUGUGUUGUACGGUCCAUCACCUUCACGUGAUUGUCAUUAAGUAUGAUCAAUUAUCAUUGGCUGUUAUUCAAUUCUCUUGCAACUAAGAAUCGUACUUGAAUGUUUUGCGUUUGUGGCAUUGGCGAUUUUUCCUACUUUUACAAACAAAAACACAUACCUACUUAUAUUUAUGUCACGCACUCGGUUAUCAUUGGAACAGAACUCAGCACAUCUUGCAACGAGAGCGAAAAGCAAGUUUUUCGUCUUAUUUUGUUGUUUUCAAGUUCCGCACGUAGGCGUUUCUCUUGCGGUUCUUCUACGAUAGCACGCGUGAGAGUAAUGGGGAGAAAAGGCAAUGAGUAAAAAAAGCAUUUUUGUAUCUAUUUCUAAGGUGCAGUUUGAUAUUUGCAUCGAAAGAGGGGUACUUUUCACCCCACUCGGCACCACUAACAUGAAAAAUCACGAAGAACAAACAAGAUUGUUCACUGACCGUUAAACAGAUGGCAAAAGCGAAGCAUGGCCUUGCGUGAGGUAAUUGGUAUAGGCAAACGGCUAGUUUAGGCAAGCAAGUAAGAUUAUGGGAGGUGUUGACGUAGAAGCAUGUAAGCGUUUGCCGGCGGAAAAGCAUGGAUUGUACAUAGAUUUAAAUAAUUAUUGUUAUAAUGUACUACGACUACGAUAUGUAAAAUAAACAAUUUAAAACCAAA